UCGUUUGAACGGUAAAACGGUGAAAGGCUAACACAGGACGGUGUCGCGCUGUUUGUGCUCCAGUUUCAACUCGUUUUUCCCGUUUUGGGAUUCACAGCCCUUCGGCGACCUUGUUCCUCUUUACAAAAUGAGCCGCAGUGUCCUGUCUUCCAGCAGCUGGUAAACAUGUUUGGAAAGUGUUUGAUAAAACCAGUGGCUUCCAGCGGUCCUGUUUGCAUGUUUCUACUGAACAGAACAUGAAGCAGGCAUGAAGGUGGAUAAUAUAAAUAAGGAAGAUUUAGGUAAAGACAGAUCUCAGGUGCACCACAGAGCGCAGAGUCCGGGGAAAGCCAAGCGGCCGUCGUCUCACAAGAGGAAGAGUUGUUCGUCAGCGGAGGUGGGUGCCAAGCUGCACCGCAGAUYGUCAAAUGUGGGGCGUCCCCGUGAGCCCGGCAUGGCCAACAAGGAAAACGAGCUGACGUGCUCCGGUGACGUGCGGGGCGUUCGCUGCUAUGACGGCCGCGGGCCGCCCGUGAACCCUGCCGAGGCUUCCAAGAUGGCGGCAGCCAGCUCCAAGUACAGCGACUUCACCGAGUUGUCCAAAGAACACGAAGCCAUGACUCGUAUCCUGUUCGGAAGAGAUCUUCGGCUGAAAGUUGCUCUGACGUUAUGGAGRAGGAACGCCAGUGAAUUGGUGUCCUACUUAAUAAGAAUACAAGACCCAGGUGUGCUGCUCGACUGCUUACCUGUCUUAACGAGCAACCUUCAAACUGAAGCACCAUGUUUGUCACUUGGCUGCUGUGUUGACCUCGUGCCCCACGUUAAAGGAGUUCUCUCCAGCAAACAUGAGGAACACAUAACGGUGGGUUUACACUGGGUUCAGGCCGUCAUCAGGAAGUGGUGGCCAGAGCUGUGUAAGAAUGAGAAGAGACAGCGGGGCAGCUGUUCAGAAGACAGGAAUGUGGACAUCAUGAGGCAGCGACUGAAGGACCUGUGGAAAGAAGGAGCUCGAUUCUGUUUGUUGCCAGGAUCUGUUGGAGAACUGGCAAAGGCUGUUGAGGCGUGUGUACGGCAGCUGCCCUGACACUUGUUCACGCAGCACUCCGAGGAUGUGACCACUACUGCAGAUCAUGGUUGUGUUUUGAGCUGAUGUUUCCAGACAAAUGGACUGGUUCACGCCAUUCACACUCAAACCUCUCAACUGGGACUGAACUCGAGCUUUCAGACAAAUCUCGGUGUGAGCUGGAGACGUCCAGCCUGCACAGCAAAAAUGACUGCUUCACAUUGAAGUGGACCGUCUUGUGAAAGGUUUAGUGGACCUCACGAGACAGGGCGUUAAUGUUUCGCUCUAUGAAGUGCCAAUGUCUUAGUCUGUCGCUGCAACACUUCCAUCAUGGUUUGAAUGGCCUCUUGUUUUCUGUGUUUUGCUCCUGGUUUGUCUAAAAUCAGGAACUUGAAGCUCCCACAGUCUUUAAGUUAUUAGUGAUUUUUCAUGUUUCACUGUUCUGUGACAUUUGCUCGUAUAAUGUAAAAUGUCAAAACAAGUUUCAGUUUUACUUUCUUUUAAAUAAAUUUAUUUAAGAAAAAUAGGAUUUA